AUGCUGCGCCAGGAUGUCUUCCAUGAUCCUUCGAUCAAUGAGAUAUAUCCGGGUCGCUUGUUGCAUGCCCGAGCCCUGCACAAAAAGAGUCAGCUCAAUGUGGACAUCAUUGGUCUCUAUCAACAUGUACAUCGUCCCAACCUCACGCCCGAUCUCAAUCAGAAAUACAGAGCCCUACAGUGCGAAGUUGGGGAUAGGCUCGCGACCCUUGCGGGCUCCUCACAUGAUCUGCUGCUAGUCCGCAACAAUAUCAAUCAGAUUCUACUUGAUGCAGCUGUGCAACACUUCCCGCCCAGAAGUGUGCCGGACAAUCGAAUCAGUGCCCAGGGUGUCUUCCGUGCCUCAGCGAAGCACACCUGGCAACUGUACCGGGUGCUCAAGGCGCCCCGCAUUACCGUGCCGCAUUCUGUCUUCCUUAAGUGGAGGGAAGCCUGUGCCUUUGUCAAGGCCUCCAAGCUGCUUCGAGAGCAAAGUCGGCAACUCAAGCGAAAGUCCCUGUUGGACAAGCUCGCUGAAGCUGAGUCAGCUGCGGCCAAGGGGGACCAGCGUGUGCUUCACAAAAUUGUGCGAAGCCUGGCUCCCGGAAGCUGCAAAAUCAUCUCCCGUCUGCGAGACCCGCAAGGUCAGCUUCUCGGGAAAGAGGCUUCCCUUCAAGCCAUGCUGGCUUAUGCCAAGGACACCUUCUGUAGUAUGCCAGAUGUAGACAGCAUCAUGGUUCUGCAAAAGGAUUGGCCCCACACACAUCAGGAGGUUCAGGCGGAGCUCCAGAAACUUGGCGCAAUCGCACCUGUCCUGAACGAAGCCUUCCAACAGCACUUCAAGGAAGCACGUAUCUUGCUACGAACCAACUGUGUUGAUCGAUUCCAACAGUAUGAAGGCAAAAGGAAACUGGCCUGCAUCGGAGCCUUGAGUCUUUCCUUAGAUCUGUCGAAAGCCUAUGACCUCACCAGCAGACCCAUUGUCUACGGCACAUUGGCCGAGCAUGGGGUGGAUCCGGACACAAUUCAGAUCAUCCAACAAUUGCACCUUGAUGCCCAGUAUGUUUUUCGUGCCGGGGAUAGCACCAAAGGGCAAACCACGACUAAUGGCCUAAAGCAGGGAUGCUGCAUAGCUCCCUUCCUCUGGAGCUUCUAUACUGUGGCUCUCAUGCAUGCACUGCGGAACAAGUGGCUUCAGCGAACCCUUGUGCUGUUUGCUGAUGAUCACUGGUGCCACUGGCUCAUCCGGUGUCGUCAGGACUGGCAGGAUGCGAUUGCACAAUUGGUGGUAGUCUUGGAAACCUUGGUGUCCUUCAAAAUGUCCAUCAAUUAUCGAAAAACUGCGAUUUUAGUUCGACUUGAGGGCAAACAAGCCAAGGCAAUAAUGUACGAAUAUACUCGUCUUAAGAAUGGGGUUAGGCAUCUCGUUGUCACUGUUCGUGGGCGAGAGGAACUCAUCCCCAUAAAAGAAGAGCACGAGUAUCUUGGCACAAAGGUCACGUAUCAUCACCGACUUGACAGAAACCUCAGCCACCGCAUGCAAGCUGGACAAGCUAAGUACCAAGCCAUCCGGAAGCCCCUAAACGGUCAUCAUCACCUCAGCAUGCGACACCGAGAGAGACUGUGGCGAGCCUGUGUCUCUACCAGCAUGUUCUACUCCUUGUCGGCCGUAGGUGUUACCCAGCAUGGCCUGGACAAGCUCACAAAGGCCUGCACUCGACAUCUUCGAGCCAUCCAGAGGCAGCCGGCUCACCUUACGCAUACCCCCAACACGGCCAUCUGGCAACAAGCCAAGAUGGACAUGCCAGGCCGCACGCUCCUCAACGCCUUGAUCAACUUCCGCGCGGGCCUCCAAAAGAAAGCAGUCAUGUCACCUGACAUCACAACGCAGCAAAAUAUCCUAGAUCACUUGUGCAGCCUGGAAGCCCAGCUCCAGCACCAGGUGCAGCAACAGGAGCAGCAUGAUGCCAACGUGUCAGACUCUGACGUCCCACAAAUUCCGCGCCCUGAGUGUGAUGCCUUUUUCCUGACGGAAAAUGCCAUGCGCAUCCAUUGUCAGGUCAGUCACGGCAUUCUUCCUCCACGGGCAGCUUGUGAGCCCACCAAGUUUGUCCCCCGGCUUCAUGCCUGUGGUGGUCUCCCGAGAUGCCAGCUUUGCCUGAGGUCCUUUUACCGCUGGCAAAACCUCAAGCAACACAUAGAAAGUGGAGCUUGCACGAAGCUCGGAGGCGAAAGCCAGAGUAAAUGCCCGGACUCCUGCCGCGACUCCCAGGUCACGGACCUGUGUCUUCCGACGGCCUCUGAGCCGACAGAUGCGGAUCAUGGUAUAAAACAGAAUGUGCCUCUUGUAGAUCGUCAGUUCUUUCGCAGCAAACAGCAUGACUGGGAAAGCCUCCUACGGGACUCCGCUCUACGUGUCGAGCUCAGGUCACUGCUCGAGGCGACAGAGGUGAAUCCGGAGGCCAGCAUCUUCGCCUUUUGCGAUCCUUCGCUGCUGGCAAAGGCCAAGCAGGAAACCAAGCAGGAAGUGGAGUUGGAUCCGGAGGGCUCUCCCAAUCUGGAGGAGGCCAAUCAGCCCCCAAAACGCCCACGCCCGGCCGAGGGCAACGAGGACACGUUAGCAGCUCAGCGAGUGGACAAGGUGUUCAUCGUGUUUGUCAGACAGGAUUACGCCAGCAUCAUCCCCAACCUGCACUCGAUCUCUCAGCAGUUUCAUCAGAAGACACAGGAUGGCAGCGGCGACCCUCAGAUCACGUCCCCGCUGCGGAUUCAGAAGAUGGUAUCCACGAGCGAAGGCCAGGGGAAGCUCCAGGCUGCGGGUUGGAUGAACGACCAAGGGGAAUGGACCUUCUUGAAAUUCUGCCACAAUACUCGGAAACUUGUGCAGGACACCUCCCGCACGUGCAUGAGCCAUCAGGAGAUAGUGAGACAGUACACCUUCCUGCUGGAGAACAUGAAGGGCGAGAUUGUUCAGCAGUUCAACAGCACCCAAUCUCUGAAAGUUCUCGAAGCACAGACCGGUCCCAAACCCCAGGCCACGUUCAUUCUUCAAAUCUCCUUGAGGGGAGAACGCGCCAACGAGAUGCACGAGACAAUGUGCACACUGUUGGGCAGUGCAGCCUGGCAACUGGUGGGAGUGAGCCUCAAACGCGGGACCCUCAAGAGGUCCCCUCUAGCGGAACAGCUGGCACAGCUGGUGUACGGCCGAUGA